AUUAGAAGUCAUCCACACCAGCUGAUGACGGCACAUUCAUGACUGAGGAGGAGGAGUACUGACCUGAGGACUCAUCGCUUUUAAAUAUCUAUUCACAUUGCUCGAAUAUCAUUUAUUUGCUAAUGAUUCGCUUGUGACUUUUAUUUAUCUACAUUUUGUCAUCAUCCUCAGUGUCUUUCCGUCAAGCUCUGUCUUACUCAAAUGGGUUCGCAUCGGUGCCUAUUCCUAUGCUUCAAAAUUUAACAAUGAUCGAGAUUCAAAUCAUCCUUCCAAAUGUUCAGAUAACUAAGACAAUUUCUACGAUUACCCUCACUUUUGGUACAUGACAAUGGGGGCCCUUGCGCAGAUUGCCUUGGGCGUUCUCGCUAUUUCUUUCAUGACCUUUGUCGCAUUCUUCGGCAGGCUUCCGGCGUUGAGACAUACACCAAUAGCCUGGAUGCACCGCGCAAUAUGGGUGUACAUCCCCAACGCCAUUCUAGGCCUCGAUCAAAGGCUCACCUCAGGCCGCCUCACAACAGGGCUAGGUAGAUUUGGUACCUAUAUAAUGUAUGACCGCCACCCAACGGUGCUCAUAUUCUUCAUCCUGCUUCUCUCUAUAGGAGAAUACAUGUAUUUACCGGGAGUAUGGCCGCACCUAAGCAUUUUCCACAAGCUCCUAGGCAGUAUAUCUAUUAUACUGCCAUACCUAUUUCUGUACCUCGCCGCGGCCGGUGAUCCAGGUAUUAUCAACACCGCCACCCACUCACGAUACAUGUCGCACUACCCAUACGACUUCUCCAUCUUCCACCCAGGCCAAGUGUGCCGAACGUGCGGCCUUUUAAAACCCCCUCGCUCCAAGCACUGCUCCGUCUGCAAGCGUUGCGUCCACCGCAUGGACCACCAUUGCGUCUUCAUCAACAACUGCGUCGGGUACGGAAACCAGCACUACUUCCUCCUCCUACUUCUUUCGACAGCCUUCCUCACCAGCUACGGCGGUGCGCUAGGCCUAGUCUGCGUCGCUGACUCAGCGCGCGCGCACAACAAAUCCUUCACGCUGUUCCCGAAACCCACCGGCUGGUCCUGGGCCGAGUACCUACUACUCCUUACGAUGGGCAUCCAGGAGGACGCGGGCGUGGGAGCCGUUACUUUGCUCGCUAUCAUGACGUCGCCGCUCGUCUGGGGUUUGCUUGGGUAUCACGCAUACCUGAUUUACUGCGGAACGACUACCAACGAGAGCAUGAAGUGGCAAGACUGGCAGAUGGAGAUGGACGACGGGUGCGUAUUCAAACGCUCACUCGCGCCCGAUCGGGUUAAGGACCCGCGAAACGAAGCUCCAUGGACGAGAUGGCCGCUCGAUCCGAUACAAGUGCUAAUACGGACCGAGGACGGGGCGCCGCCGAGUGCAGACGGGGGCCCGGGAAUAGGCGAAUGGGAGCGCGUGUGGCGCUUGCGUGAUGUUGAGAAUUUAUAUGACCUCGGGUUCUGGGAUAACUUGAUUGAUGUUUUUGUGCCUAACUACCCGUUUCGAGGGGCUGAUACUAUGCCGACAUCUACAGCAGACUUAGAAAGGGGCGGCAAAAGGAGGACUAAGAAGCCACCGAGGGCCCCGCGAGCGUCGAGUCUGGUUGCGGCCGCUACGUAGUCUUUGCUAGAAUUCUAGCAGGAGGAUGUAAGAGACUAGGCUAGAAGCUAAUGAAUAGCAUUUGAAGCGCA